AUGAGAGGCGGCGGCGUAGCACUCAAAGCCCUUCAAUGGUUCCUUCGCGGCGUGGAAUUCUGCUGCUCGGUUAUCAUUCUUGGAAUCUUUGCCUAUUUCCUCGCCAAACUCUCUACCAAUAAGCUUCCUAUCGCUACCUACAUCAAAGCCGUCGAAGGUAUUUCGGGUUCAGGUGCAUUAUACACAGUUCUUGGACUCAGUCUUCUCUGUUGUGUCGCCGGUUUGAUGUUCUUUUCCAUCAUCGCUAUCAUUCUCGAUUUCUGCUUCACCGGCGCAUUUAUCUAUGUAGCUUAUGCUACCAGACAUGGUAGAUCAUGUUCCGGAUACGUGUAUACACCUUUGGGCAAUGGAAUCGCUGCCACGAAUCAAAGACUUUCCGGAGUGGGCGCCUUGAGAAAUACAUCUCUGCCUAGUUUGUCCGAUAGCUGUAGAUUGAAUACAGCUUGUUUUGCCGUUUCAAUUGUCGCUGCUGUUUUCUUCUUUAUUUCACUCUUUGUCGAAUUAGCUCUCAUCAAGCACCACAAAAAAGAAAAGGCAUUCGGUCCAUCUCCCAACAAUGGCUAUACUGCCGGAACCCGUGGAAGAUUCUGGCCAAAACGUCAACGAGUCCACGAUGGUGAAUACAUGGCUGGAGGAGUUGUCUCAGAAAAGCCCGACGCAUUACCCAUCCACUCUACUCCUAAUGAUGUGAGAACCUCGAAUGCUACGGAUGCAACCAUGGUGGCACGAACUCACGAAGGUUAUGGUUCACAAACAGGAUAUGGACAUCCUCCUGUAUCCCCAGUCGUUGGUACCCAUGGUCAUCAGGUCAACGGUGUGGACUAUGGUACUGGUCCGACAAUGUAUGCACCACCUCAUGCAACAGAAAUGCCAGCUGAGGGGUACAGAGGAACUCAUCAAUAUCAAAAUUCCAAUGGUACUUUCUAG